AUUUAUUUAUUAAUUUAUUUAUUAAUCAUUCAUUUAAAGGCAAUAAAUUUAGAAAGAGUAAAUGUUGUAAAUGAUCCGGCGAUGUACAAUCUAUUCUACAAUAGUUAAUGGCAUUAUGGUAACUUUGAAUUGAAGAUUGAUUCGUAUCUAAAAAAUUGAUUCGUUGUAAAAAAUUAACCAUCCAAAAAUCAAUUCGAAGGAAUCGAAAAUCGCCUUAAAAAAUCGAUUCUUAUGUUUGAAACAAUGAGAAUUUGUCGGUUAUUGUACUCAAAUAAAAAAAUGUUUCAAACAUGUAUAUUUUUUGAUUUGGAAACAACUGGAUUAAUAACAAAAUGCAUGCCAAAAAUCACAGAAUUAUCAUUAAUAGCAGUAUCAAGAAAUGCCAUAUCUGUUGAAACAGGAACCUUACCAAGAGUGUUGAGUAAAUUAGUUCUACCAAUAAAUCCAGUCAGAGAGAUACCUAAGGAAAUUGAAACAUUAACAGGCUUAUCAAAUGAAAGUGUAGACAAUGUUGGAUCUUUUACUCGCGAUACAUAUGAUUUAAUCAUAAGUUUCAUAAAUCGACUCACACCACCAGUUUGUUUUAUAGCUUAUAAUGGAAAUAAAUAUGAUUACCCUAUAUUAUUAUGGGAACUUGGAAAUAUUAAUGUGGAUGUCGAUAAAGCAAUUCUUAGCAUUGACAUGAUGCUUUUAAUUAAAGAUUAUUUUAAAAAUGUACAUUCUAUAACUGAUGAUAGUAUUACAAGUGGCGCUACUUGUAUUUCUGAAGAUAUUGAUAUUUUGUUAAAUGAUGGUUGUAAUGAAAUGUUAUCAGAUGCAUUAGACAAUGUCAUGCGUGACAACGAAGGAGGUGAUACCUGUUCUAAUUCUCCUCGAAUCAAUUACUAUGAAGAACAAUGGAAAAUUAAUGAGAGAACACCUGAAAGAAGUAUUAUUAAACAACCUAAUAUAAAAUCGACGAAUAGAGACUCUAAUAGAGGAAGGAAAACAUUACAUUUUAAAAAUAGUAAACCAAGUAAUUUUAAAUUACUAAGUGUCUAUAAACAUUUCUUUGGUACUGAUUCUCCAAAUGCACACACUGCUGAAGGAGAUUGCCUUUCUAUGAUUCAAUGUGCAAUUCAGAUAAAACAUUUUUUUCUUGAAUGGGCUGACUUUAAUGCAGUACCUAUGAUUAAUCACAAGAAACAAGGAUUCUAAUAUAUUUUACACGUCUUUAUUUUGUAUACAAUAAUUGUACGUAUAUAGAGUACCUUCGAAAAAACAUUUACAAUUAACAAGUUCAGUUAUAUAUGCAUCUAGAAAAUGGAGAACAACUAAUCUCCUAAAGAAGAAUAUAAAAGUUAUUAACCUUCUCCUCGUCAAAAAAUGCUUCCAAAUACAAAAAAUCUCAGUAAAA